AUUGGCUCGUGGCGCGUCUUAGCGCCAACACUGAAAACUAAGCGGAAGUGCCGAUUUGUUGAUACAUACAGAACUCUUUAGCUGUAAAUACAUAUAUUUUAGUUAAUUCAAAUUGUGGUCUCCCUCCUGCUGUCAUGGACGCGCAGUCCUACCACCCCGUGUCACCCGGAGUUGGCACAGAGGAGAAUUUUUUGUCUCUCGACGACAUUUUGCUGUCUCACCAGAGACACCCGGUCCGGACAGAGUGCGCCUUCCCCCGGCUCGGCUUCCUGGACCGCUCGAGCGACUCGGAGGACUUACCGGAGGGAACCAAAAUGGAGCUUCCUCUGUGGCUGUCCAAAGGUCUGUAUGAGAGGAAGAGGAGGGUGCUUUCUGUUGAACUUCCAAAGGUGUACAAAGAGGGCUGGAGGACGGUGUUCACCGCUGACCCCAACGUGGUAAACCUGCAUAAGAUGGGACCCUACUAUUAUGGUCUGGGAUCACAAAUGCUGCACUUUGACAGUCCAGAGAACCCGGACAUCGCUCAGACACUGCUGCAGACCUUUAUCGGCAGAUUCAGGCGGGUCAUGGAUUCCUCCCAGAACGCCUACAAUGAGGACACGUCUACUCUAGUGGAGCGUCUGGACUGUCUGGAGAAAGCCCUGUUCCGGUCGGGCCAGAGCGGUCUGAAUGGCUUCCAGAGCUGGGAGAAGGGUCGCGCCUCUCAGCUGACCGCCUCCAGCCUGGUCAUCAACUACCGCAAGAGGAAGAUGGCAGACGUUCAGGCCUGAGCUCUGCUGACUUGUGCUGGACGCUGGACUCAUGAGCACCAAGGGGUCUGCCAGGGAUGAGAUGAGGGUUCUGCUACGCCAAUGUCUUUCUGGAGCUCAUCCAUGUGUGAAACUACAAACCAUUACAGACGAGUUACCUUUGAAUUCUGUUUUCAUUUAAAGAAUUGAAAUGGAAAAUGAUUUAGCAUCAUUUUUUAGUACAUGUUGACAAACUUAUUUAAAAAAAGACACAAUACCUAAAUGCUUCUAUUCCUUCACCUGUGUUCAUUAAAAGGCAAAAAGGAGAUUCUUUUGAGCUUUUCCCAAUUUAAAAAGAAAUAAAAAAAAAUGUGAGCUUUGGAGAUUAAAUUUUAUUUAAGGUAUAAAAUUAGGUUUUCUUUCUCUUUGUUUUGUGGAUCUAACGGAGACGGCAGCUGUCAAACCAACAGCCCCCCAUCGAAAAUAUGAAAAUCUGUUUUAUUUGAGUUUUUAACCAAUUAGCUGAGAAUAAACCAUUAAGCCAAUAUCCUAAAAAUACAUACUAGGAUUCUAAGAAAGUGUGUUAUCUUACAAGUCAAGGUCAGAAAGAAAUCUGCUUCUAUUGCCCUGCAGUCUGUGGAGCUUAAGGACCUGAAAUUAAAUGUCUGUAAAGAACUACGGUACAUUUUCAGACAUUUGUGAAUCUAAAGCAGCUCAGCUGAAUCCAGCAGGAGGAGGUCACUUCUAUUCACCAACUGUUGUGAGGAAUGAGAAUGACCUCCUGCCAGCCUCCAAAUGCUGCUGAAUAACAGCCCCUGGAGGCUUUUUUCCCCUCAGAAAGCAGCUUUAGGGGCUGUUUUGACCCUCAGACACCUCAAGCUUCAAACGUUUCCCACUCGACAUAUUUACAUGAUUUAAUCUUUUGAGAGGUGAUGAAACAGAUUCAUGUUGAUCAUGACAAAUGGUUCAUUUUGUGGAUGAGGAGCUCCACAAACAAAACGUCGUCCUCCUGAGUUCAUCUGUUUUUAUUAAACGACUUAAAUAAUAAAGAGGUUCUGUUCUUUAAAGAUUAUUUCAAAAUGAAAGUGCUUGAAAGGAUGAGUCUGACUUUUUUCUGUAUUGUUCAAUGUUUUAAUAAAACUACAUUUAGUGAUGA